AAUGUCUAGGAAUUUCUCGGGAACAUUGUUAGGAGAUAGGUUAGGCCCGAUCGUUUCUAUAAGCGGCGAAGGCCAAAACCUGCCUGCGCCGAACCGGCAACCCCGACUGUGACAAACUAUACGAAGUGAACGAUGACGAAGAGGAUAGGGGUUCCCUUUGUGAUAGUGGUGAUUUUGUCGUUGUUGGUUGCAAAGCAUCCCGUGGUAGUCGAAUCCUCUAGUUCUGUCUCUGCCUUCGUUCAUAAUGUCAUCUACUCCAGCAAAAUCGCCAUCUUCUCCAAAUCCUACUGCCCGUAUUGUUUGCGUGCCAAACGCAUAUUUAAAGAACUAAAUGAGCAACCUUUUGUAGUAGAGCUUGAUCUGCGAGAUAAUGGGCAUCAAAUUCAGAAUGUUCUCCUGGAUCUCGUAGGGCGGCGCACUGUCCCACAAAUAUUUGUGAAUGGCAAGCAUAUUGGUGGAUCUGAUGAUCUCCAAGCUGCAGUCGAGAGUGGCGAAUUGCAGAAACUUUUAAGUACAAGUUGAUGGCAUCCUGGACACUGAAGAACACGGGCAUGUGCAAUGCAUCAGUAUGUGGGAGUUGGGGGUGCAUUAUGGAAAGGAUCAAGCUUCUAACAGUAAAAUGAAGUUUCUAGUUGCGCCGAAUUAAGAUCUUUUGAAUGCAUUUUGAAUUUAGUGGGGAUUUGUUUGUAAUCAGAUCAUUUCAUUCUCGUAAAACUGAAAAUCCAUAUAGUUGUACAUAAUUUUCUUAAGCUUUCUUUCUACGUGCCAUGGGAAACCGGAA